ACACAACACACACACACACACACACAACAGGCAAUGUACGUAAUCUAGUGCAGCGACAGGCAACGGGUGCGCGGUAGAAUGUGGUAGAAUGGCGACAUUGGGCAUGGUUGACGACCCAACAGUGUGUGUGACGCUCAGUAGCUAAAGUUGUCAUUAUUUUUCUUCUUUGCAAUGCUUUGUUUAUUGGUACAAUAUCUCAGUGGAAUUAAUCACGUUUUUUAGUUAUUUUAUUAUUGAUAUUUUUGAGAAGAAAAUGAGUGAGCGAAAAUUUACGCGCGCCCUUGGCAAACCCGGCAUGGCUGCACAACUUCGAGAGACUGUAUCCCAGGUUGUGCGCGAAAGUACAGUCCAGAAUAAGCCACGCCUAGUGGAUCCGGUAGACUUUGAGAAUUUUGUUUUGAAAAACAGAACUCUUUUACAAAACGAUCCACAGCGGGAAUUACUUCUAUAUCCACCGGAUGAUGUUUCUCAAGUUGUAUUACCAAGAAAAUGCAGAACAGUUGAGCUAACCGCUGAAAAUAUAUUGGCUGAGAUUGAUGGUACUGAGAGCCUAUUGACUAGAGAAUGCCUCAAGAGUUAUGCAUCAAAUUGGAAUAUGGUACAUUACAAAUAUGCUGCAUACAGUGGUACAUACAUGGAAUUACCAAAAUUAUCUUCUAAGCUGGAUGAGCUAAAAGAUGAAAUUUAUGAGAUUGAUACAGAUGUUGAUCAAAUUGAUGAAGACAUGAUAAAGAAUAAAAAUGAUGGCAUAACCAAAGAAGGCUAUCUAAUGAAGGGACCCGAAAUUGGAUUGGAAAAAACUGACCGAAUGUUCGCCCAUAUUGGUUCAAAAUCAUUUAAAAGACGCUUCUGUAAUUUACAUCAAGAAGUUGAUGGAACAUACAUUUUGGAACUGUUUAAAGAUGAAAAAAAAAGUGAGGCCAAAUUAACAAUUGUCAUGGAUUUUUGUACAGAAGUAGUGAAAAAUUCAAAACGUGGAAGAUACUGUUUCGAAUUAAGAAUGAGUGGAACGGAAAAGUCGUAUACAUUUGGUGCUGAUAGUGAAUCUGAAAUGCAAGAUUGGUUGUUAAAAUUGAAUUUAGUAUUGCAACAUUAUAAACAACAAGAUUAUAAUGACAAACAUAUAUCAUCGUUAGAGCCUCCUGGACAUGUAACGCCACCCUUGAAUCCUCUACCUCCUUCAUCCUCUCAGUCUGUUAGUCCCAUUUAUUAUGGUACUCUCAAGGGAUUAGAUCAAAGUAUGAAUCCACAGUUGAUAAAGUAUUCCCGAGAAACUGAUACGAGUAUUCUUCUUGCAAGGAGAGAGAAUAGAAAACGAUUAUUCAAUCUUUAUAAUAGCCAUCAUAACUAUCAUUUCGGUGGAAAGAAUCCAUCACCAAUAUUCACAUUAUCAACAAUAUUGGGUGAGAAUAAUAAUAAAAAUAUAAAUCCGUACGAGGAACACUUUGGCCAAAGGAUAUUCAUCAAAUGUGAAGCAUUAAAAUUCCGCUUACAAGCACCCAUUGAUGAUAAUGAAACUCUAUGUCAAGUUGAACCAUAUCAAACUAGUCUAUGCCUGUUUGAUGCACGACAAGGCCGUAAAUUAUCGGAAAAUUUUUAUUUUGAUGUCAACAAUGAUAUUGCUCGCAAUAUGAUGGCUGAAUUAACUCCAAUUAUUAUGGCUAAUGAUAAAAAAGCAACAACAACAACAACAACAGACGAUUACAUUGAAUUGAAAGAGAAAUAUAAAAUUAAUGUCAAUGACAAAUGGUUGAAAUAUGUGAACCAAGCGAUUUUUAGUAUUAGCAAUCCUCAUCCAGACAUAUUUCUCGUUGUAAGAAUUGAAAAAGUACUUCAAGGAAAUAUAUAUCAAACAGCUGAGCCAUACAUAAAAGCAACCAAGGAUCCCCGUUUGGGACUAAAAGUUCACAAAAAUGUGAAAGCAUGCUAUCACAGACUUGGCAAUUAUCGAAUGCCUUUUGCCUGGUCUGCAAGACCACUUUUUCGAUUAUAUAGCAAUGAACUCGAUACAUCAUCUGAUUUUCCAGCAAUUUAUCGACAAGAGAUAAAUAGAAUGCGCGAUGAUGAUAUUAUUAAAUUACUCUCCGAGUAUAGAAAACCGGAAAAAUUGAGUAAAUUAACUGUGAUACCUGGUUGGCUUAAACUUCAUGUCGAAACUAUUAAUGAUAUUCCAGAAAAUACAUUGACAACCUCAUUGGAACCUAUUCAACCCUUUCCAAUACCACCAACUACAUCACCAACUCUUGAAAUAUUGGAAUUCGAGAGCCCAUCAGAGAGAGAUGUUCUUCAUCCAUACACAACUUAUAGAAAUAAUUUAUACGUUUAUCCACAGAGCUUAAAUUUUGAUACGCAAAAAUUUUUCAAUCGGGCUAGAAAUAUAUCAUGCAUUGUAGAGCUCAGGGAUAAUGACGAGGUUGACGAUGAGAGGGAAGGAAAAGAAGCAUUGAAAUGCAUUUAUGAUAAAUCCAAUUCAAUAAUCUUAUCAAAUAGAGGAAGCUGUCCAGUUUUACAUCAUAGUGUAACGCCUUCUUGGUAUGAAGAAAUAAAAAUCAAAUUACCCAACAAACUUCAUGCUAAGCAUCAUCUUCUCUUUUCAUUUUAUCACAUAAGUUGUGAUAUGAAUAAGAAAAAGGAAAAUUGUGUUGAAAAUUGCGUUGGCUAUUCGUGGAUAAAUUUAUUGAAUAAAGGCAAACUUGUUGUAGAUAUGGAGAUUAAUUUACAUUCAUUGCCAGUUGCAACACAUUUACCAUCAGGAUAUCUUUCGAUUGAACCAUUAGGUCUUGGUCAGGGUAAUUCUGGUCCUGAUGUCACUUGGAUUGAUGCCCAGAGGCCAAUUUUCACAGUCUCAUUUCAUCUUACAUCCACUAUAUUUACGAGGGAUUUACAUUUGCAUAAUUUAUUUGUCCAUGCUGAGAAAAUUAUCGAUAGAAAAGUAUCAUCGACAGUAAUGCCAUCCGAUACAGAGACUUGUAAAAUAUUAAAGGCAGCACAUGCCAUACAACUUGUCACUGCAAUUACAUUCUUACCAACAAUACUCAAUCAAUUAUUUGCAUUAUUAAUUUCUGAUCCAGCAGAAGAAGUUUGUCUAUGUAUCAUUAGACUUUUGAUCCAUAUUAUAAAUUCACUGCACGAGGCUGAAAGGAGAGAUGUACUUCAAGCCUAUGUGAAAUUUGUAUUUGUAGCUCUAUCGUCCAAUGGCACUAUUAAUUCUCCAACUACAGUACACCAACAACUUGCUAAAUAUCUUCCAACUCUUCUUCAACCGAGCAAUACUGAUUUUCUCAUUGUUAAUAAGUUUAUGCAUCAUUCAAAUUUCUUUUUUGAAAUUAUGGUGAAAAGUAUGGCACAACACAUGCUGACAACUGGAAGAAUAAAAAUGCAUCGCAAUGAACGCUUUCCACAUGAUUAUUAUAAAGCAAUUAAAAAAUUAUUGGAAGUAAUUAUGCCUUAUUUGAUGAUUAAGUACAAAGAAAUGCCAACGGAGACACAUGAAUUGAAUAAAAGUCUUGCACAAUUUUUCAAGAAAUGCCUUACUUUUAUGGAUAGAGGCUUUGUGUUUACUCUCAUUAAUCAAUACAUGAGCCAUUUUACACCCGGCGAUUCGAGAACACUCCAAGAUUAUAAAUUUAUUUUCCUACAAAUAAUAUGCUCACAUGAGCACUAUAUCUCGUUGAAUUUACCAAUGAUGCAGACUCGGGUAACGACUAAAGAAUUGGAGAGUGAUGAUUUAUUAUUGGAAUACUGCUUGUCUCAAGAGUUUUGUAAGCAUCAUUUCCUUGUUGGUUUACUGCUUCAAGAAGUGAAAUCUUCGCUCAACGAAAUUGUACAGAUAAGAAAAAUGGCUAUAACCACACUUGCAGAUUUAUUGGCAAAACAUGAAUUAGACGAUAGAUAUGAGAAUAAAGGCCAAAUGAGUCGGAUAGCAGCCAUUUAUAUACCUUGGUUGGGAAUAGUGUUGGAAAAUUUACACAGACUUGAAACAGUAUAUGAGACUGAUGAUAAAUAUAAUAAUAAAAUUGAAUUACUGGAUAAUAAUAGAACGACGAAUGAAAUAACUACUUCCUCAAAUCGUAUGCCAAUGAGCAAUUCGUUUUUCAAUAAUACUAAUAAUAAUAAUAAUAAUAAUAAUAGUAAUAACAAAGAUAAAGAUAGAGAUAGAGAUAAGGAGCAAAUAAUAGGUAAUAUAAAUAAUGAAACACCAAAAUCCAUGCACAGAUUGACACUCCAUUUGGAUACACCAUCUCCAAAACGAGCAUCAAUACAUUUGCGUGAUUCCACGUAUUUUGCUGCCAUUGCUGGACAAAAUUUGGCCAAUGGAUUUUCGUGCACCAGCAUAGAGUCUAAUGCAUCAACUUUAUCGAGUGCUUCACAUUCUCAUGUAUCACAAGAAACAACAAUAGCGUGCUGUGAUUCAGCCCCUGAAAAUGAUACGAUAAUCAAUGAUCAUCGUAAUGUUGGACAUUUAAGAUCAUUGAGCGUAACUCAAACAUCACCCAGAUGUGACAAACUCCAAUCAUCGGAAAUGAAAGAUUUACUAAUUUGUUUUCUAUUUGUUAUGAAAUAUCUUGGAGAUCAUCAGAUAAUUGCUUGGUGGCAACAGUGCUCUGAUAAUGAAAUUCAAAGUUUUUUCACUGUUAUUGAAAUGAGUUUGCAUCAUUUCAAGUAUGAUGGAAAAAGGCAAAUAAUAUCGAAAAUAAAUGCAAACACAAAUGUUAAAACAGCCAAAACAGUAAAAGCCAUGACACUGCCAGCUAGAAUAGUACCGCCAAAUUUUUCAUCAGACAAUUCAGCAACUGGAACACUUCAGCCUCACAAUAUUCCAUCAUCAACAAGAGAAAAUUUAAUUGAUGGGGAAGAAGAGAAUGGAAAAUUUCAGACGGCUCUAGUUGAGGCGAAUAUAUCAACUGAAGUUGGACUCAUUGUUCUUGACUGCCUUGGAUUAUUUUGCAUUCAUUUUAAAGAAGUACUACUUGUUAAUGAUGGUGAUAAUAGUAUAAUGGAAAAAUUAUUUUUUAUCUAUUUGAAAUUUUUAGAAAUAGGCCAAUCAGAGAGUCUCUAUCGUCAUGUAUUUGCAAGUUUUCGUGCAUAUCUUAAUAAUUAUUCAAUUGUAUUGUUCAAUGGGAGUGCAGUAUUAUGUGGGCUUCUCUGUCAUAAUUUAUUGAGAUGUUGCAAUAGUAAACUCAGUUCAAUUAGACAAGAAUCAUGUGCAUUACUAUAUUUACUAAUGAGGAGUAAUUUUGAAUAUACUAAUAGAAAGGGUUUAACAAGAGUACAUCUUCAAGUAAUAAUAUCAGUAUCGCAAAUGCUCGGUAGUGUUAUUGGUCUUAAUAAUUCAAGAUUCCAAGAGUCAUUAUCUUUGAUAAAUAGUUAUGCCUCAUCAGACAAAGCUAUGAAAGGAACAGGUUUUCCAUUUGAAGUUAAGGAUUUAAUUAAAAGAAUUCGUACUGUAUUGAUGGCGACAGCGCAAAUGCGAGAACACAAUGAUAAUCCCGAAAUGUUGGUUGAUUUACAACACAGUUUGGCUAAUUCUUAUGCAAGUACACCUGAGCUAAGACAUACAUGGCUUGAAACAAUGGCAAGAAAUCACUCGAAAAAUGGUGAUUAUUCAGAAGCUGCUUGCUGUCAAUUGCAUAUUGCGGCACUUAUGGCUGAAUAUUUGAAAUUGAAAAAAAUUCAUGAUUGGGGUAGUGAAGCAUUUGAUAAAAUAUCAAUAAAUAUUAGUAAAGAUGAGAGAGGAUUAAAACUCGAUGCUGGAGUACAAGAUGUUCAUUAUAAUAGUAUAAUUCUUUUGGAGCAAUUGGAAAAAUGUGCUGAAAUGUUGGAGAAAGCCGAGCGUUUUGAAUUACUGGGGCCACUUUAUCGACUUAUUAUUCCUAUUCUUGAGAAUAAACGUGAUUACAAUGCCCUGGCAACGUGUUAUUCUCAUUUGUCUCAAGCUUGCAAUAAAAUUGUUGAAGUUACAAGAACUGGUAAAAGAUUACUUGGGCGUUUUUACAGAGUUGCAUUUUUUGGUUCUGCUUACUUUGAGGAAGAAAAUUCCCAAGAAUAUAUUUAUAAAGAGCCUAAAGUAACGUCACUCUCUGAAAUGUCUGAACGUCUCAAUCGUUUGUAUGCUGAUAAAUUUGGCCCAGAGAAUGUGAAAAUGAUUAUGGAUUCAGCGCCAAUUGAUAAAACUUUACUCGAUACUAAAGUAGCAUAUAUACAAGUGACUCAUGUCACUCCUUACUUUGAAAAUAAAGAGCUUGAAACAAGAGUCACUGAAUUUCAACAUAAUCAUGAUGUUUCAAGUUUUAUGUUUGAGACACCAUUUACUAAAGAAGGAAAGCCCCAUGGUAAUCCGGAGGAUCAAUGGAAAAGAAGAACUAUUUUAUUCACACCAUAUGCAUUCCCUUAUAUUAAGAAACGUAUAUGUAUUAUAGAUAAGAAAAUCAUUGAAUUAACGCCCAUUGAAGUAGCAUUGGAUGAAAUGAGACAGAGAGUUCAAGAGCUCCAAGAUGUCACUCUGAUUUUACCGACUGAUAUUAAAAAAUUACAACUGCGCCUUCAAGGUAGUGUAUGUGUUACAGUUAAUGCUGGGCCACUUGCUUAUGCUUCAGCAUUUCUCGAUCCUGCCUUAUCUCCACAAUAUCCUGACGAUAAAGUUGAACAACUCAGAGAUGUUUUCCGAGAUUUCAUUAAAAUAUGUUAUACAGCAUUGCAGAUAAAUAGUAAAUUAAUUACAACUGAUCAACAAGAGUAUCAACGAGUUUUAAGAGAUAAUUAUUACAAGCUUUGUGAAAACAUGUCGCCAUUACUUGGUGAAUCUAUAUGGCCUGGUGAUUUGCUUGACAGUUUCAAGAGAAAUAGUUCAGCUUUAUUUAGUGCUAUAAGUGGAUCCAAUAAUAAUCCACCAAAGGGUAUUAUUAUCUCAAAAAAUUAAUUUUUUCAAUUUUAUUGGUUUUUCUUUUUUUUUCUUUAAUAAAUACUAUUAGCUCUCAUGCAUCAAUUGACAAAUUUCAUAUACUUUUGUUAAAAAUGUAAAUAGAAAUUUCAUUACAUUACAACUAAUGAAUCCUUUUGAAACUGAUUCUUUCGGCAUUAUAAUUGUUGUUAACAAACAACGAUAAUAUUUUAUAAUUUUAUACAUUUUUUUGUUUGUAUGAAUCGUAUACGCACAUGAACUAUUUAUAGUUGCGACCGGACGUAAAUUGUUAAUGUAUAUAUAAUAAUAAUAAUAAUAAUAGUAAUAAUAAUACCACUAGAUAUGAAAUUUUUCUGGAGAAACGAAAAUACAUAUACCACUUAUUUAUUAAAUUUUUUCACAAGAAAAAAAAAAACUUCAGAUAGAAUUUUUUUCACAUGUCCGCGCAUAGCAUAAAUUUUAUCAUUGUCCAUGCUUUUGAUUGUUAAAAAACAAUGUCAAUAGAUGUACUUUACAUUUUAUUUAUCGACUAGCCAUUUACCUUGCAUACCCACAAUUCAAUAAUAAGGUAUACCUAUAUAACAAUGGUAAACUAAUGAUACGUCCAAUGAUUUACUACUGCUGGAGAAGGAGAAAGAGAGAGAGAGGUGAAAAUUUGUCAAGUCCUUUGAUUGCUACAUAUGUGUAUUCUCUCUGUAAUAUUAUAUAUAAAAAGUGUUGUAUUUAUAUCAA